AUGACGAGCUGCGGCCUCCUGACCCGCUUCAACAAGCCGGUGCCCCUGCGCAGCAGCUCGGUGACGGUGCUGAUCCGAGGCUUCGUGGCUGACGUGGGCUGUGAGCUGCUCUACAGGAACGAGGAGCCACGGCCCGUGGAGGCCGUGUUCAUAUUCCCCGUGGACACUGAGGCGGCCGUCUACGCCUUCCAGGCCCGCCUGGGGGGCACCUGCAUCCAGGCCCAGCUCCGCGAGAAGAAACAGGCUCAGGAGCUGUACGGGGAUACGCUGGCCGCGGGCCAGAGCUCGUUCCUGCUGCAGCAGGAGGGGGCCGGGGGUGACGUGCUCAGCUGCUCCCUGGGGAACCUGCCCCCGGGGGAGGAGGCAGCGUUGACCCUGCGCUACGUCUGCGAGCUGCCGCUGGAGCCCGAUGGGGCCGCCCGCUACGUGCUGCCGGCCGUGCUGCGUCCCCGCUAUACGCCCGAUGGGUGGGACAGAGCGGAUGUCACCCAGGCGGUCCCGCGGGUGCCCCAGGGGGCGCUGCCCUACACCCUGAGUCUGAGCGCCACACUGCAGUCGCCCCACGGCAUCGACCGUGUGCUCUCCAACUGCUCCCUCACCCCCCUGAGCUACACGGCUGGGAACCGGACCAGCGCCCAGGUGUCACUAGCCCAGGCCCCACCGUGGGACCGGGACGUGGAGCUGCUGGUGUAUUAUGCAGAGCCACACAAACCCAGCGUGGUCCUGGAGGCCAGGUUGCCUGAAGCAGAGCCAGGCUCCCUGAUGGGCAACCCGGCCGUGAUGGUGACCCUGCUGCCCAGCCUGCCCGAGGCGGUGCCGGGCCAGAGCCCAGCCGGAGAGUUCAUCUUCCUGCUGGACCGCUCCGGCAGCAUGGAGUGCCCCAUGGACGGCCAAGACCGCUCCCCCAAGCGCAUCGACAGCGCCAAGGAGACCCUGGUCCUGCUGUUGAAGAGUUUGCCCCUGGGCUGUUAUUUCAACAUCUAUGGCUUUGGAUCUCGUUUUGAGUCCUUCUACCCGCAGAGUGUGGGAUACACCCAACAGACCAUGGCCGAGUCCCUGCAGCGCGUCCAGCAGCUCCAGGCCGACCUGGGGGGCACCAAGAUCUUGGAGCCUCUACGAGCCAUUUACCGCAGCCCCUGCCAGGAUGGGCACCCACGCCAGGUACUGGGGGCAGUAGCAAGAUGCUUCUCCUUCGGUAUCGGGGCUGGAGCCUCCACAGCUCUGGUCAAAGGCAUUGCCCGGGCAGCAGGGGGCAGCGCCGAGUUCAUCACGGGCCAGGACCGCAUGCAGCCCAAGGCGCUGCAGUCUCUGAAGCGGGCCCUGCAGCCGGCCGUGACCGGGAUCUCGCUGAGCUGGGAUCUGCCCCCUGGGAUGGAGGCAGAGUUGCUGGACCGGGGCCCUGAGGUGAUCUUCCCUGGGCAGCGGUGCCUCAUCUACGCCCAGCUCCGUGGGCAGCCCCAGCCCACAGACACUGCCGUGGGUUGUGUCACCCUGCAGUACCGCGUCCAGGACCAGACCUACAAGGAGAUGCUGCAGUUCCCCCUGCAGCCACAAGAUGGAGACAGGCUGCCCGUUCACCGGCUGGCAGCCAUGUCACUGCUGCUGGAGCUGGAGGGGGCCGUGGGGGCCGGGUCGGAGGAGGACCGGCACCGGGCGCUGGAGACCAGCCUGAGCUCGGGGGUCGUCUGCUCCGUCACGGCCUACGUGGGGGUGGACACAGAGUGGAGGCAGCCAGUGCAGGGGCCGCUGGUGAGACGGGACAUCCCGCUGGCAGGCUUCAAGGCUGCGGCCAGGAUGCCGUACACGCAGUGUCUCUCGCUGAUGGCAUGUAGAUCCCACAGGCCCAUGCCCAGAUGCGCCUCCCAUGAGUGCAGCGUCCUGUUGCCUGCUUCCCCCCUCGAGGCCAGAGAGGACCACCCCUCCAUGGAGCUGUUCAAGAACGAAUGUAUGGCACGCACCGGCAGGAGCGGCCCCCGCACAUGUGCUCCCCAAGCCCAGAACUGUCCGCCUCCUCCCCCACCCAUAGCUGAACCAGGAAAGCCCCCAGUGAAAGGGCAACUGUGGAAAGUCCUGAGAACACGCCUCGCCCGGUGCCGCGGCAAGCCAGAGCGGGCACCAGAGGAGUCUCCCCUGCUGAGGCUGGUGUCUCUGCAGAAUGCUGACGGCUCGUGGGACCUGGACCCCCAGCUGGCCGCCGCGCUGGGGGUAAGCGAGACCGAUGCCAAGGGGAGGAUGCCCAGUCAGGACAUGCCUCCCGGCAUCUGGGCCACGGUGCUGGCCGUGGUCUGGCUGCACGGCCGGGCCGCGGGGCAACGCGACGAGUGGGAGCUGCUGGAGGCCAAGGCUGUGGGUUGGGUGCGGGGCCAAGCAGGGCCCCGGCUGAGUGAGUGCCUGGAAGCUGCCAACGCCCUGCUGGGCUUAAACAUUGGCCCUGCCGUCUUCGAGCUCUGAGCUCCCCCUGCCCCGGGAUCCCUGAACCCGCCCCCCAAGCUACCCUGGGCCUCCGACCUGGAGCUUAGAGGCCAGCAGGGGCCACUGGGUGCAGCCCCACCUGGCCAGCCUGUGCCUAGCCCAGAGCUAACCCCCAACUGGGAUGCCACCGCUACCACCAAUUCGGAUGCAUCUGCCUCCUGCUAGCUGAAGAGGAGAACUAAGCUCCACCCCACGCUGGCUGGAGCCUUUAUUUUUAUUUAGCAUCGAGUUAGUGAUGUUCUCUUACACCACCGUGGGUUCGUCUCUGGUGGCCAGUUACAAGCCCAAUGGAGGGAAAGUCCCCUCUGCUACUUGGUUCAGAUUUAGAGCCUCUACGUACAUCACGGUCGCUUUUUCGCAGCAUCACCCGUCGGCACGUCUUUCUCCUGAUCUUGUGAUAUAAGAGUCGCUCUUUGGUCAUUUACUUAUGUCAAGCAUUUCUUACGCCUAGGGCGUCGUCUGACGAAGCUGGGAGAUCACAUCUCACUGCUGUGGACAGUGGGUUUCAGCCCUGCUUUACUUAGAUAUCUCAUGUCCACUUAUCCCUUCUAAAUCCCAAUCGGUCCCCUGUGUCUCCAACUGUACAGCCUGUCAUGAAGUGUGGGGGAGUCCGGGCCCUGCACCCCUCUUCCUGGGAUUCACUGGGACUCUCAGCCAGCCAGUAAAACAGAAGGUUUAUUGGACAAUAGGAACACAGUCUAAAACAGAGCUGAUCGGCACAACCAGGACCCCUCAGUCAAGUCCUUCUGGGGGCAGGAAGCUUAGACCCCAGCCCUGGGGUUCCCUGCGUUCCACCACCCAGCACCAAACUGAAACUCUCUCCAGCCCCUCCUCCUCUGGGCUUUGUCCCUUUCCCGGGCCAGGAGGUCUCCUGAUUCCUUUGUUCUCCAACCCUUUAGCUCUCACCUUGCAGGCGGGAAGGGCCAGGCCAUCAGUGGCCAGGAAACAGGGUGUCGGCCAUUCUCGGUGUCCAGACCCCUGCACACACCUGCCCUCUAGGGCUCUGCAAUGAUCAUACACCCUUAUCCCACUACCUAGAUACUUAAGAACUGCAUAGGGGAAACUGAGGCACCCCCACACUAUUCAGAGAAAACAUUAAGAACAGUCCCGCUUCAUCACACAGCCUACCUCUGAUCAUGAUACAGAUCUGAGUUCAUCAUAACAUCACCCGCUGCAGCAUUGACCCCACGGCUCCGUAUCCCCCACGCCGCUCCCAGCCACUGUGGGGGCAACACCACCAUCGUUUGUUUUUUCCAAAUGAACGAGGGGUCCCUGUAUAGCCCCACUGAGGCAGUCACGUCUCGGUGCCAGGCGAGGGGCCCCUGUAUAACCAGCCCCCCCAUCUCCCUUCCCCGCCGAGGCAGCCGCUUCUCAGAGCUGGGCAAACAGUUCCUAUGUAACCAGACCUCAUGCCCCACCCCAGAGGUGGCCUCAUCUCAGCACUGGGUGAGGCGUCCCUGUAUAACCUGCAACACCCGCCCCAGGCAGCCGCGUCUCCCCUCGCGGCCUCACUGACCCUG